AUGACUUCCAUGUUCAUGCCUCAGAUGGCCUUCCGUGCCUUUAGAGCUGCCCCGAAAGCUGCUCCCUGGGUUAGCCUGUCCGCGCAGGUGCCUUGUGGCCAGCCCGCCCUUCGCCGCUUCAUUUCGUCUACCCAGGAGCAGCCGCGACUACGCCUGGGCUCAACCGCACCCAAUUUCAAGGCAUUGACAACAAAAGGCGAGAUUGACUUCCACGAAUUCAUUGGCAACAGCUGGACGAUUUUGUUCUCCCACCCGGCCGACUUCACCCCUGUCUGUACGACCGAAUUGGGCGCAUUCGCCAAAAUGAAGAAUGAGUUUGACAAACGGGGGGUCAAAAUGAUUGGUCUGAGUGCGAAUGACAUUGGCUCCCAUGGCGAGUGGGUCAAGGAUAUCAACGAGGUCUGCUCGACCGAGGUCCAGUUCCCCAUCAUCGCCGAUGCCGACCGCAAGGUUGCCUUUCUGUAUGACAUGAUUGAUCAGCAGGACCUGGACAAUAUUGAUCAAAAGGGCAUUGCUUUCACCAUCCGGUCUGUCUUCAUCAUUGACCCGAGCAAGAAGAUCCGUCUGACUAUGAUGUAUCCUGCCUCGACUGGUCGCAACUCUGCCGAGGUCCUUCGCGUCAUUGACUCCCUGCAGACUGGCGACAAAAGGGGUGUCACCACUCCAAUCGACUGGCAGGUGGGCGACGACGUGAUUGUGCCCCCGUCUGUGACAACGGCCGAUGCAAAGAAGAAAUUUGGCGACGUGCGUGAGGUCAAACCCUACUUGCGAUUCACGAAGAUAUAA